GAUUAUACAUUUUAAACAUGAAUAUUAAGUAGAGGUUACCAUGGAAGUCAAGUUCUAAAGUCACAGAGAUCGGGGGAGUGUACAGCCAAGUCGUCUUAUAAAAAUAUAAACUUGAGUUAUUAUGCAUGCUUUCUGGUAAAAAUGAGACGACGGUUUAAAAGAUGACAAGCUUAAUCACUAGUCCAAGGCAAGAGUUUUCUAAAAAGCUACCCGCUUUGCCAGUGAUUGAACAUCCCAGUUCGCGACGAACAGACGACAACAAUGUCGACCUACAAAUUCGUGGCAGUUCACGAGAAGAAAACAGUUCUGCUUUGCAGGAAUCACAUGGUCCUUUGCCGCCGUUGAAGAGAAGAACAAGCCAACGUGUAUCACAAGGGCAUUCAAGGGUUCUAACGUGGCCUAUUGGUGAGUCAUUGUUUUAUUAUCUCAUUAGAAUCCAUAAUGGCAGAUAAUAAUCGCUAUGGCGGUACAAAAGUUAAAGUGUCCAGAAUUAAAAAAUUUGCAAGGAACCUGUGAUAAAGAGAUAAAGGUAUUUAAGCUAAUUAUAUUGAGCUGUUUCAUUUCUGAUUUCUGUGUUUUGAUACAGCUUCAGAUUGAUCAAAAAUCUUUCAUCCUUAGGAAUAAUAUUUAAUAAGCCUAUUAUUGAGUCGUUUUUGGUGGAAACUGCUAUCAAAUGCUUGCCAGAUAUCAUAGACAUUAUAGAUGCUGUUACACGCGACAGAUUUACAGCUAGUAGUAAAUCACCCUUUUACAUGUACCAUAGGAUUUGGUGUAGUGCAUGUGUCACCAGACUUUCUCGAGAUAUAUUUACUAUUGGAUAAUAUAUCCAAUGAUAUGUCAAAAAGAACAAAGAAACUGCCCACGCCCCUUCCAACUUCAAUAUUAUUUUACAGUGUAUUUUAUCUGGGCGUCCGGGUACAUAUAGGGAGUGUUUGCAGUGUAACUUUACCACGUGGACAAAUCAAAAAUUACUCGUUCUUGUGAAGUAUGUCACCUCUUGGUUUACAUAAUGGUACUUGGAAGGUAUUGUGUAUUUUUAUGGAUCAGAAUCUCUAGAAUUUGUCACAAACUUGGUAGAGAAAAAAUAAUCAUUUGUAUUUAAAUUAUUGGGUUUACAUUGGGGUCAGAGUCAGUCACUCUAAAGCAUUUUAAUCAUUGUUUCACGUCCAUUAUGUCUAUAUGAACAUAAAGUUAUUAUAUUAUUUUAACAUUCACUUUCUAAAAGGAGGAACUGGUAAAAACAGUGGUGGUGGAUCAGCAGGGGAAACUCCUCUACAUAAGCGCACACCAGAGGAAGUGAGUAGUAAUUAAUUUCAGUUAAUUUCCUUCCCUUUUCAGCACUUCAACUUCAUCCAUUCAAAAAUAAUAUUUUUUGUCACUUUUUUUAAACCUAACUAAUUGUCCAUAAAAAUGCAAAGAUAUCCAUAUCCAGCCAUCUUCACGUUAUGCAUGGUCAAUAAUUAGCAAUUAAUGAAUGAGGCUGUGUACGAUAUGAAGAAUUAAGCAGAUCAAAGAGGGUGUUAUGCUUUCUUAUUCAUUCAAAAUAAUUCCUAGUUUAAAAACAUAAUAUAGCUAAAACAUGCUUACCUGAAUCGAUGUUAAGUUCAUCUUCGAUAGUGUACGUUUAGGUUUGUCCAGCUCUGCAAAUAUUCUCUAAAUAGCAGAUGUUGCCCUCCCAGUUGUCUUCUUGCUGUUUUCGCCAUGUUUUUAGCUAUUAUUUCGCCUUGUUCCAGCUGUAGUUCUUACUCGUGAAAUGAUUGAAAUGUCCGCCAUUUAUAUUUUUCACAACCAAAACAACUCGACCGUGUCCCCAGGUCUUCUUGGUAACAGUGCCUUAACCUGUAGCGGGCUGCAUUUUUGACGUCAUUUCCUCGUUAAACACAAAAUUCUUCCAAAUUUGGUCAUCAGUAACUGGACUACAGUGAAUUAUGCGUGUACUUUUAGCCAAUCAGAAUUGGGAAAAUAUUUUGAAUGAAUAAUAAUAACAAUAUGAAUGAGGCUGAUUAUGUUAUGAAGAAUUAUGGAGAUCAAGGAGGGUGUUAUCAGUCAAGGCCACAGGCUGAGGCAGUUAACACCGUCUGAGAUCUCCAUAAUUCUUCAUUUGAUAAGAAAGCCAAAUUCAAUAAUUGUUUUAUUAUUCAUUCGAACUAAUUCCUAGUUUAAAAACGUAGAUAAAACAUGCCUACCUCCAUUGAUGUUACGUUCAUCUUUGAUAGUGCACGUUUAGAGUUGUUCUCCAAAUAGUUCUUACUCUUGAAACAAACGCUGUCUUUGUUUUCACAACCAAAACAUUUCAACCUCGUCCCCAAGUCUUCUCAGUUAACGGUGCAUUAACCUGCAAGGAAGCUGCAAUUUUGACGUCAUUGGUUGAUUACUCGAGCAAAAUUCUUCCAAAUUUGGUCAUCAGUAGCUGGUUAUGGUGAAUUAUGUGUGCUCUUAGCCAAUCAGAAUUGGGGAAAUAUUUUGAAUCAAUAACAAUGCAAUAUAUUAUAUCGUUGGCAGGUUUCGGCUGAGUUUCUGUUGAGAGUGAAAAAAAAAACCCACAGGUUCUGUUUAAUUCCCAAGACUGACCAACAUCAAUUUUCUCCUAACAAUAUCAAUACAUAAAAUGAUCAGCUAAGAAAAAAUGCUUUGAUCUUUGAACAAAUUCUCUCAACUAAUUCUGUAAGGAAAAGUAUGAAGGUUAGUGUGGAGAAUCUGUAUGUAUAUAGCUGGGGCUUUAAGGGUUAAGAGAGUGAUUAGCUCUCCUCAUUUGGAGGUUUCCAAUAAGGGCAGUGGUAUCUUUUCAUGUGUUAUUGAUAUAUUAUUUGUUUACCCUUUAACAAUGGACACUGUUGCUUAUUACAGCUUGAAGAACUUAUCCGUGAAAAGCUGGUUACGAGAAUCAAUGGAUUACGGCAAGCUUUCCGUUCUAAUGACCCCAUGGGCAAGGGAAAUGUAUCAAGGUAAAAUAAAAUUUGAUUUAUUUGAAAAAUUGUACAUGUAUGUGGAACAUUAUCAUUUUGUAGGCUAGUAGAUUUAAUGGCUUUGUUCAUUUGGCACUGUGGUGUCUAUAAAAUUUACAAGGAGAAGUAAUUUUUAUUUCGCUGCUCCACCCCUCUAGCACCCCCAAAUACCCAACUCUUCUGCUUGUAAAUUAAGAAAAGUGAUAACCUUUCAAAGGUGGCCUUAAAUUAAUUAACACAGUUCAUGUAAAGUACAUGUACUUCAAGUUUGUGUAAGUGGUAUUUAUUAUUCUAUUCAUGUAUGUCAAUUUUUUUUUCUCAUCACAUGCAGGGAAGCACUUGUUACUAUUUUGUAUCAUUUAUGUGGCUACCUUACAACGGAGCAAAUAAAUGGUCUCCUGAAAAGGUGAUAAACUUUCUGAAUGUAUUGUUUUAAUCAUGCCAAAAACAUUUUCCAGUCUUACGUAUAUUACACAGCUGGGAGCUGGACAAUAAAUACAUUUCAUGUCUUAAUUUGUCUCACUCUCCUUCACCUUUAAUAUUAAUUUUAGGUAACCCACUGAUGAAAACUUUGUUGACAGAGAGACUGACUACAAAUUAAUGUGGUCUUCUUGUAGUUUAGCUCUUUAGCAGAGGCACAACAUUGUUUUGUGGGAGUAAGGGAAGGGAAGGCUUGCUUUUUCCUUUAGUGGAUACAUGUUUUGGUGGGAGUAGGGGAAAUUUUGAAGGCUUGCUUUUGCUUUAUGAAGUAGAUACAAUCAUGUUUUGGGGGAACAGGGGAUGGGCCAGGAAGGCUUACCUUUUCCUGUACCAAAUAGAUGCAUGUUUUGGGGAGAGUAGGGAAAAGGAAGGCUUGCUUUUUACUUUAUGAAGUAGAUACAAGUUGUGGGGGGUAGUUGGGGAUGAGAAGGAUUUCUUUUUGCUUUAUAAAGGAGAUAGUUUUGGGGGUAGUUGUGGAGGGGAAGUACAUGUAGAUACAAUUGUUUUGGGGGGAGUAGGGAAUGGGAAGGCUUGCUUUUUCUUUAUAAAGUAGAUGAAUUCAAGACUUUGUUUUUCUUUAUGAAGGAGUUCCCCUAUUGUCAGUAAAAAUAUAUAAUAAGGUGGGACAUCUGCUUAGUUUCUCACCUUUCUGACCCCAUACCUUCCAACUCUCUGUCAUGCAUUGUACCGAAAAGGGCCAAACUCAAAAAAGUUUUAGAUGGGGAUGCCCUGCCCCGAGGUGCAAACCCCUUACCAUUUUACACUAUCAUAUAUGUGGUUGACAGAAGGUACUCCUGUCAUAUACCUUAAUUCUUUUGACUAAGGCUGUGAGCAAACGGAUGCAACAUUGUUGACCAACAACUCCCAACAUUGUUGGAUGUUACAUGACUGUUGCGUCUGUUUGCACACCCUGUGGCAUGUUGUUGGAUGUUGUUGUGCAAAGUUUGAAACCGGUCAAACUGUUAGCCCCAUGCAAACGGACACAACAUUUUUGGCUUACAACUCCCAACAUUGUUGGGAGUUGUUGCGCCCAUUUGCACGUAGCCUAAAAUAUAUAGUACUCCUUUUGCAUACCUAGUUUAGAAUGUAAUUGCUGUAAAAAUUCACUGUCUUCUAAAAUAGCAUGAAAAAUAUAAUAAUCAGAACGUUUUAUUGACUUUUUCGCAGCCAUAAAGUGCAUCUGUUAGCCUUUUAGGCCUCUUUACAGAUUUUCCUGCCCUUUGAUAUACUUCAACUAGUGGAAUCCUUACCCUCUCAUAUACCUGAAACCUGAAAAAGGUGGCACCCCUAUCGGGUGAAGCCUCCCUGUAUCGGCCGCUUUAAAGAGUACCCAACGAGGGCAUUGUACAGGUUUUACUGAAAUUUAAUGAUCUCUUUGAUUUAUUUGACUGUAGGCUGGGGCUGGACACACAAAGUACCAUUUCAUUUGAAAGCUUUGUCAGCCAUUUCCAAGACAAUGAGGUAACAAAAGCUUUUCAAAGUCUUAAAUCAAGUAUCAGUAAUUUUUUGAGAUUGAGUAAACGUAUCUUGCUUACAUGUGCACUAAACUUCACUUGAUCACUUUUAAAUGCCUGUGAUACGAUAAUUAAUGUUACUUAUCUUAUUACAGAAUGAUUAUUAAGUACCAGGCAAAUAUGUAAAGAAAAAAAUAGUAAGGCUAUUGCCCCCUAAUUUGUGGACUUCUGCUUGCAUAGACUGGUACAGCUGUAGCAAUAGUCUUAACUGAAUUACGUAAAAUAGUAUUCAGAUACGUACGUAUUCGGUUAAACGCUACGACGUUUAUUAGAUUUUUAGCGUUUCUGAUGCAUUUGUAAAUGUUAUGUACAGUAGAAAGAUGUUUAAAGUUCUAAUGUCUCGUGUCGAUUGUCUGAUUGGUGAAGAUUGCAAAGUUGUCCCGCGGAUUUUUUUCGUAUCAUCGUGGACGAAACGCCGCAUUCUUAUAAUUGGGUGAAGUGUUAUCGGCCUUUUUUGGUAAUUUUGUUAUCGGCCUUUUUUGGUAAUUUUACGUAAAAUAGUAUUCAGAUACGUACGUAUUCGGUUAAACGCUACGACGUUUAUUAGAUUUUUAGCGUUUCUGAUGCAUUUGUAAAUGUUAUGUACUGUAGAAAGAUGUUUAAAGUUCUAAUGUCUCGUGUCGAUUGUCUGAUUGGUGAAGAUUGCAAAGUUGUGCCGCGGAUUUUUUUCAUAUCAUCGUGGACGAAACGCCGCAUUCUUAUAAUUGGGUGAAGUGUUAUCGGCCUUUUUUGGUAAUUUUGUUCCAUCUGCGGCGUUUAUUUGAGGGGCAAAUUUUAAUUGAUUAAAUGAUAUAAACAAAUAAUAAUGUUCUAUUUUUUUCACCGUGUUUGGCAGUCUCUCACUAAGGCAUGGGUGGAUCCUGUGGUUAGACCAACUGUUUAUGCCGGCAACUUUACCAACCUACCAGCUAACAGGCUACGACAAAAACAGAGAGAACUUGCAUUGGAACAGAGACAUGCGGCUUUGAAAAAAGGGAGAAAGAACACACCACCUAAAUUUUACUCAGCACUGGAGGCCUUUCCUCAACUGAAACUAAGAGCCCAACAAGGGUGAGAGUAAAAACUGUUUGAGUUUUUAGACGAAAGGUUUCACUCAGUGUCUUAUAACCAACAUCAUACACAGUGGUUACACUGUAGCCAUUUUGGUUGAAUUAAGUGGUUUUUCUUUUCAUAAAGGUGCAAACAAUAAGAACAGAAAAUGCUAGGUAUGGAAUUCAGUAUGGAAUUUCUGCACUCGUUUCUCAGACGUCAUUUCGCCAAGAAACCAGCGGUGGCGUCGAGAAAUGUCGGCUGUUUCCUUAGGCUAGUUAUAAGGAGGAAAUAAUUAACAGAAAAUUCAUUUGCACUGAAAUGCUGUACCGUGUUCAUUGCUGGUUUAUACAAUAUUGCAACCUGAAGAUUAGAAUGUCGUAAAUGUCCAUUUAUGUCAAGAAAUCGAGCCUAUGAACAAUGAACACUGAACUGAAACUAAUAGAACAAUAGAAAUAGCGGAAAUAGCCUAGGAAAAUGAACACUUGAAACCGCACAGAGAUUUGUUGUUUUGACUAAUUUAGAAUUUAGAUGUUAUCUGAUCUACGUGACCGGGCGUAGUGUUACAUAGCAGAACUUUGAUUGUAGUCUUGAGUACGGAUAGUGUUUAUUGAGAGAACCGACUAGUUUUUUGAGCUUUACCGCCUUUAGAACAUCAAGCCUUGUUACACAGAAGGAUUCAGCCAAUAAAAUUCUUUACAUGGUCCUUUGACGAGCCGGAUUUGAACGAGCUCAUAGGAAAAUGGCCUCAAAAAGCAAACAGAAGCGUCAAGGGCAUCGCUUGUACGCCACAAAGCUGAUGGGAGACGCAGAGCAAAUAAUCAAGGAUUUCGAUUCUUCAAAGGAAAACAAGUUGAAACAAAUCAAAAUUUCGCUUCGUGAUCGUAUGGAAAUCUUACGCAACUUGGACGAAGCAAUUUUGGGCGCCUUAGAAAAGGAUGAAGAAAUCGAAGAAGAAAUCGCCGACGCAGGAAGGUUUAGCGAGAGAAUAUUGGAGCUUAUCGUGGAGAUCGAAAGCGUGCUGUCGCUCCAUGGAAGUAAGAGCCAGAGCGGGAAUGGAUCACCGACCCAAGUUUCAAAAGCGGAAAGCGCUGGCAGCGCGAACAAACACGCGAAAUUGCCCCGAAUAAGUUUAAAGAGUUUCUCCGGGGAGCCAAGCCAGUGGUUGACAUUUUGGGAUAGUUUUAGGAGCGCUGUUCACGAAAAUACCGAAGUGCACGACAUCGACAAGUUCAACUACUUGAAAAGCCUCUUGAACGGAUCUGCAGCCGCGACAAUCGCCGGUCUACCUCUAACGGACGCCAACUAUAAUGCAGCGAUCGAGCUCCUAAAGAAUCGAUUCGGAAAUAAACAAGUAAUCAUAAGCAGUCACAUGGAUGGCCUUCUCAAACUGACGCCCUUAGGAAACACAUCGGACGUUCGGAAAUUACGGCAAACCUACGAUGAAAUUGAAGCGCACGUAAGAGGCCUACAAGCGUUAGAAGUGCCUACAGAAUCUUAUGGAAGUUUUCUCGUACCGGUGCUUAUGACGAAAAUUCCCGAAGAUAUUCGCCUGUUAGUGGGCCGUGAAAUGAAAGACGGAGAAUGGAACCUCACUGAAAUCUUACGACUUCUGCGCAGUGAAGUAGAAAACAGAGAAAGAUGUGGAGGAGUGCAGGCCCUGGCCCGAAAGGAAAAUUUAUACAGUCCAGAAGAUCGAAGGAACGCAAAAUCGCCAAAAUCAGGACCGACAAGCGCGUCAGCAUUGUUUUCCGGAAACCAGCCUUCAAAUACAACACAUUGCACAUUUUGCAAGCAACCGCACCCAACAGCAAGUUGCCACGUGGUGACAAACAAAACAGCGAGGAGAGAAUGCCUAAAAAAGCAGGGUCGUUGUUUUAUUUGCCUUAAAAGAAGCCAUCUUUGAGAGAUUGCCCAUCAAACAUGGCUUGUUUAAAGUGUUCUGGGAGACAUCACGUUAGUCUGUGUGAAAUGGCAAUGAAACCACAACAACGACAGCAGGAAUCCAUGGUUAGCCAAAACAACGGAAAUACCACCAAUACAUGGCCUUAUCGGCAACCGUCGCAAGCCUCACAAACAAGAACCUUUUACGUGGGAUCGCACGAUUCAAUUUUGCUACAAACCGCACAAGCCUUCAUCGGAAAUGGAAACACCUCGACUGGAAUAAGAGCGAGAGUAAUUUUUGACUCAGGAAGCCAGAAAAGUUACAUUACUCAACGCGCACGUGACCAACUAAACUCGCCAACAAUCAGUAAAGAAUCGCUCUUGAUAAAAACAUUCGGAUCUGGCGUCACCGGGCAACCAACGGAAUGUGAGAAGGUUAAAGUUGCCGUGAGAAAUGUGAACAUGUGGUCAUCGCGAGAAAUUGAAGCCUUUGUUGUACCGACCAUUUGCACACCAAUCGGAAGUCAAGAGAUUGACACUGCCAAGGAACAGUUUUCUUAUCUCACAGAAAUUGAAUUAGCCGACGGUGACCAUGGAAACGAAAAUCUAGAAAUUGACAUGCUAAUCGGCGCUGAUUUCAUGUGGUUAUUUUUCACUGGAGAGACGAGACGAGGAGAGAACGGCGAAGGACCUGUGGCGAGCUGUACAACCCUGGGAUGGGUACUAUCGGGCCCAGUCCCCAGCGAGAAGAAAAGCGCGCAACUUUCAAGCGUCAAUUUUGUCUCCACACACGUGCUAAAAGUUGCCGGCGAACCGAAAAAAGAAUGCCACACGGAAGAGCUUCUUCAACGACUAUGGGACCUGGAUUCAAUCGGGAUUAGAGAGAAAGAAACUGUCCAUGAGGCAUUUCUAGAGAACAUUUCAUUCGCAAACGACCGAUAUUCUGUGAAGCUUCCCUUGAAAGAAAACCGAGACCUACUGCCUGACAACUACGAUCUAAGCCUUGCAAGACUGAACUCCCUCGUGCGACGUCUAAGAAAAGAGCCUUCUAUCAUGAAAGAGUACGACCAGAUCUUCCAAGAUCAACUGCACCAUGGAAUCAUUGAACGUGUGGAUGAAACCGAAGAACAGUUACCAGGUCAGACGCACUAUUUGCCCCAUCAGGCCGUUAUCAGAAGCGACGCCUUAACGACUAAAUUGAGAGUGGUGUUUGACGCAAGUGCCAAAGUGAAACCAAGCUGUCCUUCCCUGAACGAUUGCACUCACACUGGUCCACCGCUGACCCCUGGUAUUGCAGACAUCUUGAUGCGUUUCAGAGCCCAUAAAGUUGGAUUAGUCGCCGACAUUGAGAAAGCCUUUCUGAAUAUCGCAGUGGAUGAGCAGCAAAGAGACCUGAUGCGAUUUCUGUGGAUUGACGACGUUACAAAGGACGAUCCAAAUGUUGAGAUCUAUCGCUUCUGCCGAGUUAUCUUCGGUAUGAACUGUUCUCCGUUCCUGCUCAACGCGACACUACGGCACCAUGUUACCGAGUACUAUGCACAUGACUCAGCCUUAGCAGAGUACACUCUAGCAGGCCUGUACGUGGAUGAUUUGACAUCUGGCGGCGAAGACGAUGAAGAAGCGUAUUCCAUUUACAAGGAGACUAAUUCUUGCUUCGCAGCUGGGCGUUUCAACUUACGCAAAUGGGCGUCGAACAGAAGAGGAGUCAUUGAGAAGAUUUCAAGUGACAGAAUGAAACGAGAACGUCUUGGGAAACAAGAAUCCGCAUCAGACGAAGAACAAUCUUACGCAAAGAUCACCGUUGGCGGCCUAGAAGAAAUCGACCCCACAAAGGAACAUAAGGUCCUCGGAACAAAUUGGAACCUGGAGGAAGACACCAUUGUUAUGAAGCUGAAUAAGAUCGUCGAAUUCGCCAGAAACCUGGAACCUACAAAGAGAAACGUUCUCCGAAUUGCAGCCAAACUGUUUGAUCCUCUAGGACUGAUAUCACCAGUGAUGGUGGUGUUAAGAAUGCUGCUGCAAGAACUUUGUCUAAGUAAGUGUGAAUGGGACAGCCUCACCCCUCAACCUGGAAGAAACCGCCUACAAAAGUGGCUGACUGACCUGGAAAAAGUUGGCGAAAUGACUGUGAAUCGUUAUUACUUCCCAGAAGAAGAAAGAAGAAUUAAGUUUGCAACUCUACACGGAUUCGGAGAUGCUUCAAAGGGAGCGUAUUGUGCAGUAGUCUACCUGUGCAUUGAAACCGAAGAUGGCUACAAAACAAGCCUCGUAGCAGCCAAGAGCAGAGUUACGCCAUCUUCGCCUAUGAGUAUUCCCAGACUCGAGCUGCUUGCCGCACUAAUCCUGGCCCGUUUGAUCUCUACCGUACAAGAAGCCUUAGCCCAGGUAUUGAACACCAAAGAAGUCUUUUGUUGGACCGACAGUAUUACAGUGUUCUACUGGAUACAGUCCAACAAAGAAUACAAGCAGUUUGUGCAGAACCGCAUAGACGAGAUCCACAAGUUGACCGAUGCGAAGAGCUGGCGUCAUUGUCCUGGAGUUGAAAAUCCUGCUGACGUUGGCUCCAGAGGGUGUCUCGCAUCUGAGCUCGUGGAUAACCGCCUGUGGUGGGAGGGCCCCGCCUGGUUAAAGGGCCCACCGAAGAACUACCCGGCCUCUGAAGUCUCAAAAGAAGAAGAUCUGACAGAAGAAUGCAGGACGGAAUUUAAAGCAAAGGAACAAAAACCUUCGAAUGUGACUACCAUGGUUAACCUGACCACAGAGCCUAGCAAUCCUGUAAAGCUGGCUGAAAUCAUCGACUGCGAACGUUUCAGCGAUGCCACUAAACUAUUCAGAGUAACAGCUCUCAGCCUGAAGUUCAUCAGAAAUCUGAAGUCAGCAAAGACCGAGAGAAGAGAAGCACAAAGUAAACAGACCACCCUUACAGCUGAAGAAAUCAGUGAAGCGAAAGUACUUUGGAUCCGUGAAGUUCAAAAGCCCUUUGAAAGAGAGAGGAACUUCGAGAACCUUAAACAGCAGCUUGGGCUGUUCAGACAUGAAGAUACCAUUCUGAAGUGCAAAGGCAGACUUGGAAACGCCCCGUUGAGUGCCGAAACCCGUUACCCCUCACUAUUACCGAGGCGGCAUCACGUGACAAGACUGAUUGUGGAAGCCUGCCACCGGAAGACCAAUCACGGAGGAGUGAAGGAAACUUUAGUCGAAGUAAGGACAAACUUCUGGAUUCCAAAGGGGAGGCAGUACGUAAAGAGGAUCCUGCAUCAAUGCGUUAUUUGUAAGAAAAGAGAGGGAGUGCCGUACAGACCACCACCGACCGCUGAUCUACCUGAAUCAAGAGUCUCCGGAAGCCCGGCCUUCACCCAUGUGGGAGUGGAUUUCGCCGGCCCUGUGUACGUGAAAAGCACCAGCGGCAUUACUAAACAGAUGAAGAAAGCGUACAUCUGCCUAUUCACCUGUGCAACCUCGAGAGCCUUACACCUAGAACUGACACCAGACCUCUCAACGGAAGCGUUCGUCAGAUGCUUGCGGAGGUUCAUAGCCAGACGUGGGAGACCAGCCUCCAUAACAAGCGACAACGCGAAGACCUUCAAGCGAGCCAACAAGGAGCUAGGACAACUACUUCAGAACAAGAGAACGCAAGAUUUUGCCGCCAACCAAGGGAUCACUUGGAAGUUUAUUCUAGAAAAAGCGCCAUGGUGGGGAGGCUACUAUGAGCGUAUGGUACAACUAGUAAAAAGAAGCCUUCGCAAAGUUCUCGGAAAGGCGCAGCUGUCCUUUGAAGAGCUACUUACAGUCUUAACAGAAGUGGAGGGAGUACUAAACUCACGUCCCUCACAUAUGUCUACUCAGACAUCACAGAUCAAGAACCCCUUACACCAUCGCACCUGGUCAUUGGAAGACGACUUGCCACACUACCAAACCCCGCCGAGCUAAGCGAUAAUGAAGAAACCGCCUCCAGCCUUGAAAGGAGAGCGCGUUACCUCAGCAGACUACUAGAACACUUGAAACGAUGGUCCAACGAGUACCUUGUUGGACUGAGAGAAUUUCAUUAUUGCGGAACCAGAGGAAAUCAGAACAAAGAAGUCAAGGUUGGAGACGUCGUUCUGAUCCACGACGACAGUCUAGCGAGGUGCAAGUGGAGAUUAGGAGAAAUCACCGAGCUGAUCGAGAGCAAAGAUGGACACAAACGAGGUGCUGUGUUGCGAGCCAUCAGCAAGAAGGGAAAGCCCUCAACGAUGCGGAGAGCAGUGCAGAAACUUAUCCCACUGGAAGUGAACACCGGAAACCUGCCUCAAAACGAACACGUCGGAACCGAGGAAGCUGGAAUUGUCCAGCAGCCUGACCAUCCAGCUGAACUUGUGAGACCACCGAGACGAGCAGCAGCAGCUACUGCAGACAAGAUCAGGAGACUUCUUGACCAACAGUGAGCAGUUGGUCAAGGGGGGAGUGUCAAGAAAUCGAGCCUAUGAACAAUGAACACUGAACUGAAACUAAUAGAACAAUAGAAAUAGCGGAAAUAGCCUAGGAAAAUGAACACUUGAAACCGCACAGAGAUUUGUUGUUUUGACUAAUUUAGAAUUUAGAUGUUAUCUGAUCUACGUGACCGGGCGUAGUGUUACAUAGCAGAACUUUGAUUGUAGUCUUGAGUACGGAUAGUGUUUAUUGAGAGAACCGACUAGUUUUUUGAGCUUUACCGCCUUUAGAACAUCAAGCCUUGUUACACAGAAGGAUUCAGCCAAUAAAAUUCUUUACAAUUUAUUAUAUAGAUACUGAUGAAAUACCAGGAUUUUUCCUUUUACUAAAAAAUCAUAUCUUCAUCGCGCGCAGUAAAGAUACUAUUUUUAUCUUUCACGUGUAAGGAUAUUUGGUGUCGCCAUGGUUACUAACAUGACUAGCCAAUUACAAGAGAACGUUAUUUUAUGUGACAGUCAUUUUGCGAUAGGUGACCACUUUAAUUGCACUAUUUUGCUGUUUCGAAAAUGAAUAAAAAAAAGCUGUGUUUUAUGUAGGAAUUUCAUCAGUAUCUAUAAAAUAAACAGAACAUUACAUGGCCGCUUGGGGGUAAGAAUUUUAUCUUCUCGAGCUGAGAGUAUCUCUCACGAGUGAGCGAAGCGAACUCGUGAGAGAUACUUUCAGCACGAGAAGAUAAAAUUCUUAUCCCCGCGCGGCCAUGUAAUAUCCUCUAUUUACAUGUACUACCGAGCAACUCUUAUGAUGAUGUAUUUGACGUAUUUCUCUUGCAGGAAACUCUCCUAUAAGAAAAUCUUUCCUCCAUCUUGUUUUGACGUUGAUGGAAUGGUACUGAAGCCCCAGUUAAGGACUGCCUUGCAAGUGUUAGGAUUCCAGAUGUACGAGGAAGAAUUUGAUAAAGUCUGGGACAGGUAUUACUAUAUGACUACACAGUAUGUUCGUUUAUUAAAUCUGUGCAUUGCUUUUUUAUAUACAGCAUAGUCAACGUAGUCACUUACAUCGAUACUUACAGUAAAUGCAAGUCCGAACCAGUUGAACUCGGGAUGUCUGAGAAACAAAUUCAGCUAUUGGUUGGAGUGGCACUCGACCCUGGACCGCUGGAUUGCAAGUCCGACGCGCUGACCACUCGCCCACGCUUAGCCUGCGAGCAAGGUCUCCAUUUGGGGAAUAUCAUGGGACAAGUCUAACACAAUAGCUCGUUGAAAUGACGCAUUUUCCCUACACCCUCCCCCCGGUGCAGUGUUGACGUUAUGCAUUGCAGUGUUUUUCAAUACAAUCAAUGUUGCUUGGGAGAGAGGGGAACAGCAGAAAUAGGCUCUUACAACAACAUUUUUCAAGUUUUUGUAAGAAGUAAACUACGAGUUAAUUUAGCAAAGUUAGCAAAGUGUUGCAGAUGUUUUGACCAGGGUUGUAGCCUCCUUGAUCUCACGGGAGCGUCAGUGUGAGUCUCAAUCAAUGACCUUGACUUUGUUUUAAAGCGGAUAAUAGCCGGUCUGUCUCAUUUCGGUUACUCUGCAGUGGCGCCAGUCAGCGGUAUAACUGUAUUGUCCUUUGACGUAGUUACAAAUUAUUCUCAGUGCUUGCUGCUCAAACACUCUGUACUGUGGUAACGAGUUUCCAUGUAUUGCCACAGUGUACUUACCUUACUUCCACGCUGACAUUUUGAUUCACUUGUAUUAAUUUUCAUUAUUUUAGGUUUGAUAGAACAGGAUUAGGAGCUGUGGAUUCAAUGACUUUCUUCAAAACACUUGGAAUAAGUCCCUUUUAUGGUACAUAAAACAAACUGUGUUUUAGGGAGCUUCAGCAUCCAUGACUGCGAUGCCAUCCAAAAUAUCACUGAUAACAUUAACUUGCAUUCUUUGAAACUUGCUCGCGGUUUUAGUAUCUCGCUUAGUUUAUCAAAUGCAGGCAAUUUUUUGAAGUUUAAUUCUUGGGGACCGCGUCCAAGUUCGUCUUUCUUAAUUUACGUCAACCAUAAAUUUCACGUACAGUUAUGGCAAAGAAAAGAGCCAAAAUAAUGUUUAACGCACGCACAGAGUUGUUGUUUUGCUCCUUUCAACCUAUUGCUUUUUCCACGUUUUUUGUUGCCGUUAGCGUCGUCGUUGCCAAAGUCUCCUGUUGUAUUCUAAUGCACAUAGGAACUGUAUAAUAUUACUUACAGUGUAUAUUUAGCCGCAUUUUUGAAAACGUUACUGCCAAAUAGACCUUUUCCGUCAGUUUAGCCAUUAUAAAACUAAGAUUGCAGCCAUUGCUUUGUUUUCUCUUCUCCUCUUUUCGUCCUCCUCGCUCUUUCUCUCUCUCCUCUUCUUUUCCUUCGUUAGGGUGGAUUUCUAUUGUCGCGUAAUUUUUACGUUCUUACGUGCGUAAAGUCGAUUUAAGCUCGCCAAUAAAAUAGAGGCAGUGUAUGACAGGUCGCACGUAAAAGUUGAACCUCCCUGUAAAACGCUCUUUAACUUCACGUUUAAGCUCAACACUUUAUAUCUUUACUUUAUUUUAUUUGCCACACAAAAAUAGAAAAUGAACUACAAAUAAUAUACAUGUAGGAUAAGUAGAAAAAAGAAGAGGCUAGGAGACCGAACAGAAACUAUAGAAACUAUAUGUAUACUCCUCUAUUUUAUUAAAUAAAAUUUACGUUCGUGUACAGGCACAUAAAAAUUACGCGAGAGUGGAAAUCCGUUCUUAGUGUGAUUAUCGAGCUUCUCGGGCGCAAAAAAUCUACCUUUUGCCCCUUUCCCCCUCAAAUGACUGCAAAUUUUGUGAGGUUCGUUUUUAAAAAAUCCGCUCGAUAUAUGUCAUAUACAUUGUAAUUGUUUCUUUAUGUCAGGACAUGACAAGAAGGUAAAACCGCUCCCGUCAUUUAAAGCAAACGUUGAAGAGAAAAAGCAGACAGUCCCUACUGAGAAUGAAACGGUUCGUGGACAGGAGGAAGCAAAACCACCAUCACCGCCUAAGGACAAGAAGGAUUCACAUGUACUGGAGACAGAACAAGACAACAGUCUUGAAAAUGUUAUGCGCUUGUUUUCCGAAAAGGUACAUGUAAAUUAUAAUUGUAAGAUGAGGGAAUGUUGCGAGCGAACGUAGAUCAACGUAAAAGGUUGUGCAUUUUAGAGCUGUAAAGAUUAAAGUACUUAUACUCCGUUCAGCAUCGAUCAACAUUAAUUGGUCUCUUAACAAACAGUGAGUAAUUAUGCAGUUUGUUGAGCGAGUAAAAAAUUGUAAAUUGUAAUUGUAACGUGUUUCCGACGAAGCACUUAGGAGUUCUUAGGAAGUCGUUUCUUAGGAACUCGUGUUGGUGUUAAAGGAGAGGGGGAAGCUGGAGCACCCAGAGAAAAUCCGGAUCAACUUAGUUACUGGGAAACUGCCUGCCUAUCCCUCCCCUAAGCUAACAUUUUGCCCGAAGUGAGAAGUAAGUGUUUAUGUUAGCUUUAGGGAGGGGUAGGUGGGCAGUUUCCCGGAAAUCUAAAUUGAUACGAAAAUCUUCUCGGAGAAGGGAGAGAACCAACAACAAGUAAACAUUUGUAACGGAUAGAUUGUUGCACCUUUUUAAACUGAAUUGGUCCUAUAUGUACCUCCAUUUCUAUUCAACAACGUUCAACAUCUACAGUAACAUCUACAAUGUAACAUCCCUCAUAAUUUAUCCUCAGCCAGGAUGUAUCCGAUAUUACUACCAGUAACAAAUUUUAUGUGCUUUGUCCUAUAGUUCAAAGAGGGUUAUUCACAAGUACUCAAUUCGUUUGGCAAGUAUGAUCCAGAAGAUACUGGACAGGUACUUUACAAAAAAUUUAUAAUUGUUUUUAUAAUUCUGUAAUACGUAAAAUGCCUGUAUUUGACGAAUGCAUUACCUGGUACUCUUCCACGCAGCCGUUUUUGUCUCUUCACUCAACUCUCCUUCCCAACCGGGGAUGGGAGGAGCGUUGCGUGACGAAACAAAAACGGCUACGAGGGAGACUAAUUACUUGGCGGAUCUAUUCGACUAUUACACUUAUUGCCAGUAAUCCAUCAGAGCAAAAUGCGGUAGUGCUGGCUUUUUGAAGGGGGAUAACCCGGAGAAAAACCCUCGCCGCAUGGAACUCAACACCCUGUUUGGCAGAGCCUUUCUUUCACCUGCCGGAUUUAAGCGUAUUCGAUAAAGAUUUCACUCUGCAUGAACAGAGUAAGAUCUUUGUCGGGCAUGUGCGGCUUGUUACAAGGAUAUAGCUUUCAAACGUACGCUUGUUACAGCGGGUCCAUUUAUGACCAAUGGUUUUUCAAUACACGGAUGCUCACACUUUGAAAGAUUGACUAAUCCCAGAAGUUCGGGCUUCGGCUUUAGGCAUUACCUCCUUUUCUUCUCUGUCCUCUCUCAAGAAGACAAAAAGAGGCUCUACUCAAAAUCAAACAAAACCUCCUGUUUGAUAGUUGAAACCCGCCGUAGUCACCGCUGAGGGGAGAGGCUAGUGCUAUCGCACUCGCCAAUUACCAACUAAGGGCAUGUUUACAUGGAGGUGAGGUACCCCAGGCAGGUGAGGUAACCCGCUUAGGUGGGGCAACGCGCCUGUCCAUAUAAUCUCUCAUUUUAAUUUGAUCACGUUUACAUGAAAGGAGGGGUGACACGCCACGUGUUACCUCACAUUUCUUGGGUCCCCCACCUUUAUGUAAACAGGCCCUAGAUGUACCAUCUAAUUAAUUAAGUGAAUUAAAUAAAAUAAUAGUGAGUACAUUAGAGCGGUUUUCACUUGACUGUCGAAAGUAAUUGAGGAAUUGGUUUGGUUUUGGUUUUACUACGCCCUUUGGUUGGCUAGUGUAUUUACUUUGGUUUUGAUUUUACGACAGUCAAGUGAAAACCGCUCUAAAGCACGACUACAAUCAUGUGUCCCUUUUACUAAAGGAGGUAAAACAAAUAAGGUUUAAUGUCAUUAGCCUUUGCAGUUUAUUUUAUAUAAUCCGUGUAGGAACUAAUUAACAUUUCUAUAUUAACAUACUACACAUAUUAACAAACUUUCUAAGUUAAAUUAAAAGUUAGGAUUCUAUUUUAGUGGCAUUUGUGUAGUUACGUAUUGCCAAGUCUUUAUGACUUAGUUGUUCUUUUGUCGAUUUUCCAUAAUCUCUUCGUUUCAUAUCAGAUAACCCGGGCAGACUUGCGUAAAGCCUUAUCUGAGUAUCAUUUGCAACUAGGACCAGUGGAAGCUGAACAUUUUCUUCAAAGGUACGAUUAUUGAAAUUACAUGAAAAGAAGUUCAUAGCAGAAAGGACGCAACUUAUGCAGUUGCCAAAAGAAAUCCUGAAAAAAAUCCCACCAAGCCUGAAUUUUUGCAUUUAUUUUUUCACGCCGCGGUUAGGAAAUGAAUUUACUCCUCAUUUCACAGUAAUAAAAUUAUAAAACAUCGGAAGUAAAUGAGCCUGCGAUCAAUUAAAACCAAUAACACGUCACCUCAAUGAGCUGUAUACUCGCGCCCGCGAUAGUCAUGUUACACUGGUCAGCGGAUGCCUUUUUGGACAGCUGUCAAUUGACCAUAACAUGGAUGUCCACUAUCAAGUCAAAAAGAGAUUGUAUCUGCCUUGGAAACCAAGCGAAUAAUGCCCAGUCAUUACAAGGAAAUAAUGCCUGCUUAGCAACCAACCAGAGCGCGCGUACUAUUGUAGCUAUAUAAUACUGAUUAUUAUUGAAUGCAUUCGUCGAAUUUCAUUAGAUGCGGCAUGAGAGAGCAAAGUAUGGUUCCUUACAAGAAAUUAAUGGACUUAUAUCUGGAUCGGUCUGAACAAGGAAGGUUACAAGCCAUUUUGAAUGAUCCGAAGCACAGGUGAUGAAAUAGAUACGUUAAAUUGUACAUUUACAUCGUACAUAUCGUACAUUGUGUACUUGUUGCGUUUGUUAUGCUGCAAUAUUACUCAGCGAGCAGAGGUUUCUUUCUGGCAUCGAUGUUUUUUUCAAUUGGUAGGGCAUGGUUACGAUCUUCUGUUGUUAAUUGCCAUGAAGUUCGAAUGUAAACCGUUAAUAUACAGGGAUUACUUUAAGUGCAAGACUGGCUUAGUCAGGUUUGCGCGUUUUUUUCCUUCUCCUGUCAAAGAUGCAGUUCAGACGAAUUCUGCUUAGCUUUAACCUGUUUAUUCUUUUACUUAUGUAACUUUUGUAUUGUUUCAUUGCAGGUUUAAUUACAGCAGAGACUCAAAUAUUGGCAACACGACAGCAAUUGAUGCUGAGGCCCGUCUACUUGACUUACUGCAGUCUGAUUUCCUAGCUUUGCUUGGAGCUUUUAAGUAAGUGAUAACAAUUAUCACGUACCUGCUACACAGCAUAUGCUCUGGUAUUUGGCCCAGUUCACGUUAACGUCUACCUUACGAGUCAGAGAACCCAGUCAGUUUUCAAAAGAUCGGAGGUGGGGUGGGUUUGAAUCGAGCCAGGGACACAGAGGGUUUCUUCUUCAACUUUUUUCCAUCCGUCCUUCCUUUUGUAUUUGCUGUGUUAUCCAUACCUUCUUUUAACUUUUUGAGCGGUUAUUUUUAUGUUUUACUGUCCUGUCCCUUGUUUGAAUUUUGACAAAAUUUCGUGACACAGCUCCUUUAAAAGCCGGACAAAAUGGUUAACCACGGUUGAGAUUCCAUCAGACAUUGGCAAAUUUUGGACGCCAUGAUCGACUGUUAGUAUGAAAAAAAAUAUAUCUUUGGUAACUUUAAUUUUGUUGACGAUACUGUUAAAUUAAUUUUGGAAUCAAAAUACCUUUUCGAAAAGUGCUGGUUUUACAAGUUUAUUGCACAAAUUUAAAUCUAACAGUGGCGGUGCAAACUGCAAACUGUUUCAAACUGCUUACAGUACAUUGAGAUGACGUCUCCAGCAAUGAAAAUUUGCAAAUAGUAUGGUUUGAAUACAAUUGUAAGAUAACUCACGACCAGUGGAUGUGACGUGGCACUUCUUUUUAACAAUAUGAAUGACAUACAAUGCAUAUAUACCUAUUUCUACUCUUAAAAAAAACCUUCCCACCAACCUCCCCCCUAAACAACAUUUUAGGGGAGGGGAGGUUAGGGGAGCGAGGGAUGGGUGAGCGGUUUCUCAGAAUCCUAUACUUAUGCAAUGUUUUUUUUUUUAUUCUUAACUUGCAGGCAGCUUGACAGGGACAAUUUGGGGGUGAUUAAGCGAUACCAGUUUAAGGACUUACUAGAGACUCGAUUCAACAUGACGAUCAAGGAUGAUGAGCUCAAUUCAGUAGUGCAACCCUUAGUGGAAGGUUCCAUGCAAAGUUUGAUACCUUACGGGCGAUUCCUAGAGCUCUUCACCUCAUCGGGGUAGUUACUUUUUUAAAUUUUAGUUUCACUGUCAUACAGUCUAUAAUUACAUUGAAACUCCAUUCAUACCUACACUCAAAACCUCAGGCCCUUGGAAUUCGUGGUGGUAAAAGUCCUUGGGACAGUGAAGCAAUAUUCGUGAAUACCUGCGACCGGCGUAAAAAUUAGUGAAGAUAAUUUGCCGUAAAGAGCGUUUAACGUACAUUUGCCGUGUUCAAAUUGGCAAGUGAAGCUCCCUCUCCCCCCUUUCAUGCAAUGUUGUUCUGCUGUAUGAACUACCUGUCAGGGUUGAGUCUUGAGUUGAAAAGGAGUGGCAGCAUGAUCUAGAAUAUCGAAACAGUUAGGUGAACCUAAACUCUUGCAUUUUUUAGAGUCUUGCCGGUGUUUGAAUACAUGUGAGUCCCAAUCAGUGAUUAAAUGCUCACGUACGCGAGUGAUAAAAUAUCGGGUCGUUUCUCCGAUAUAGCAGGCGUUACAGCCUGCACAUAAAAAAAAUUUAAGCAAAAGGAACGGAGAACGGAGUCUAGAGGGUAUGAGGUCUUUCCAGUUGGUCUCUAAUUGUGUAAAUCCUUAUAUCCCUGCGGGAAAAGUUAACCUUUACGUGAAAAUUCCUCUUUGCUACCGCAGGGAAAACAGAAAUGAUGCAAGGAAUGUAAAGAUGACUAGUCUACCAAGAGUCAAUAGCAGACCAGCAACUUCACCCAAGGAGCUGAGCUCACCGCGGCGGCCUACCCCACGAAAAGAAUUGGAAAGGGGCGCUACUCAGCAAGAGAUAAUCAAAUCGCCACCAAGGAGUGCCAACGCGGUAAGCACAAGGGUAUACUUUUGAAAGAGCUUAGGAUCAUGUUUUGCACCGCAAAUUCCGAUUACAGCUCGCACGUUAAUUGUUUUGCUGCGUACAUAUUUGCCUGACACACCCUUGUACAAUGUAUUUUGAAAGGAGAUGACGCGCCUUUUAGUUUCGUUCGUUCGAAGAUACGUCGCAUCCUUGUCACGUAUAGUUAGGUGUUGCCAUGAAGAGAGCCUUUCAGUGCUGAUAAUAAUCCUCGACUUCGCCUCGAGUUUUUAAACCUGAUGAUACAUUCCAGCUUGUUUUUUAAACAGUACAAGAAACCCGAACUUGUAAGAAUUGAUUUUCACAGAUUUCUUUGCUUACGUCUUUAUUAUUAUAUGACAUGCUCGUAAAGCUAGCUCCAAGAUUGCAAAUGCGGUAACCAACCAGAAGUUACGUACCUAAUUCUACUUCUUAACUUUUACUUUUUAUGAAAACGAAAAUAUAUUUUACUUAAUUCCUUGUUUUGUUUAAAGUGUAUGACACAAAAUUUGUGGGAAAACGCUCUUUGACGUCUCCUUGGGACUUAAUUGUAGAUCUGUUAAAUUUAUAACCAUUUGAAAUGUUAUUUUUCCUGCAGCUAUUCUGUGUUAUUCGGGAUCUACUAACAGAAAAAUUCCAAGUCAUUCAUAAGGUUUGCUGUUCAUCACAGACUUAAUAUUUCCUGUUUAAAAAAUAAUAGACUGAAGUACUUGUUUUUGAGAAGCAUUUUUGUUCUCUUCCUCACUGUAAUUAUAGACCUUUCAAGGAAUGGAUCAACUUAAAAAAGGAUAUUUAUCGAAAGGAGUGUUUAGAAGACUGUUUGAAAGGUACUUGCGUGGGAGUUGCAUUUUCUCCACAAUUACAUUUUGAGUUAUGGAUCGUCUUUUUUCUUAAUAACAUUACUCAAGUUCUUACAUAACGUAUUUCGUUUUAAAAGCUAUAAGCAGGGGUGCUUCAUUGGAUCGAAGGAGGGCGCUUAAUCAAGGGAGGGCGUUUAUUAAGUGGAGGGGGGGUCGCUUAUUCGAGAGAAGAGCUUGUCUGGUAUUAUAGUGACUUUAGACGAAAGGACGGUGGGAAGAAGAGGACGGCAAAACGGAUGUGUGUGACAAUCCUGUCAGGGUUAUCACUUGCGUGUUUUGUCGUGAUCUUCAUUUUACACUAAUGUUUUCCGUCCGUUUACAAAACAAAAUUAUUGUCACGCUUGUCACACAACGUUUGGUGUCUUCUUUUCUCUCUCUUCCUGUUGCGUAAGUUCACUAAUAUGGACUAGGGGACAGGCGUUAAUUAGAGCGUGGGUGCUUAUUAGAGAAAAAAAGUAUAACGGUUAUGUUGUCGCUAUUAUUUUUGGAAUGCAGGUAUGAUCUCAAGUUUACCUCAUCCGAGGUGGAUUUACUGUGGUCCAAGUUACCGUCUGAGAAGGAUGGCUCAGUCAGCUUUGAGGAAUUGGUUCAUCACUGUUUCCUGAACUACAACGUAACUUCAAACGAGGGAGGUAAUGGGCAGACAGGUAAGCCUAACUUUCUAGGAACAAAAAAAAACUUUUGUAGGUCUUUGUAUAACAAUCAACGUGUAAAAUUUCUGACCGCUUUGAAAACUGAUGACAGUCUUAACGGGUCUCCCAAUAAUAAAAUGUUCUUUUCAUGUAACCAUUUAAGUUUACGGUAUUGGGAAAGUUAAAAUGGUCCAGGUUUAGAACGAUCGCUUCCAUUUUUCUAAACAAAAUGAAAGUAGGUAAAAUAUAUAACAAAACCACACUGAAAGCUGUUUAUUCAUUUAUCAACGCGCAAAACUGUAAAUGAGUAACCAUAGGACUAUGAAAUAUGAAAUAACGCUCUUAUAUUGAGAGCACAAAAGUAUCAUAAAUCUGGAUUCGUUGAGCAAAAAAAAAAUACGUUAUUCACACAUGAAGUUCCUUAUUUAGAGAGACACUUUUGUUUUGAAGGUGCCUAUCUGUGUGUAAGCGUAAGGCUAAAGGCUCGUCCAUAACUAUCGGGAUAUCGCUAUAAAACAUAUACAAUGCCAGUCUGUUCAGUGGUUAGAGCGUCCGAACUAGAACUCGGAGGGUCGUGAGUUUGAUUCCCACGUGGAGCUCGGAAAAUUUUUCUGAGCUUUCUGUGAUUGAAUUCUCUUUCUUCUUUAGAAUUAGUCGUAUUCGAGAACUCCCGUUUCGCCUAUCCACGCGUAAACGAUCAGAACGAUAACCUGCGAUUUUGGUUCCAGAAAACCCCUUUACGUGUGGACAACGGCGUAAAACGAGAGGAAAAAUGUCCGUUUUUGAAAUUAAAAUAUGCGGAUACGUAUAAACGGGACCUAAACGAAUCCUGUACAAUAAAUUUGCCAUCCUGAAGAAUUACCUUUGUAAUGUUUUACUACCCAUGCCACACGGCCCGUUGCUUAAGCUGAAGCCCCACCCAUGUCGAUAAUAAACUGAGGAAAUGAAAAUUCAAUUGAUACUGGUGUUCGUGGUCGUUAAAAAACGAGUUGAUUUUUACACCUUUUUAGGAUCACUCUCAUAUGUUCUUCAAGAAAAUGCUAAAUCCGUUAUGCACAAACGACUGGCAUCAGUCCCUGAAGAGAAAGAAGAUGAUCCAGAACCUCUUCCUACUCCACCCUCUCAAAUGCAACUGGAAGACCAGCCAGGGUCCCCCUUGGAUGAAAAUGCCUCUCUUCCUCCCCUGAAGACACGUAAUAAACCAACUGUGGAAGCUACUUUGAGAAGAAUCAAACCACAGGUAACAGCUUUUUAUCCCUUGUGAAAGAUAUAACACUAAAAGUAUAGCUUGUCAAUUGAAUUUAAGUCGUUUGCCUGAUGGUUCAAAAAAACGAAAACAUUCUCAGGGAGUUGCCUUAGUUCUAACUAAUUAGAUUUUGUUUCGGUGUCAAUGCAUUUAGCACGAAAGUAAUGAAUAAUUUAAGGCACUAUUUGAACUUCUCCUUCUGGAGACGGGACAGCCAUUUUCGGUGGUCAUCCAAGCCACGUUUGGACUUGUAGGGCAAACGACUAGACCGUCGAAUGGGGAUGUUUUGUCUUCGAAUGGUGAUGUUUAGAUUGAGCUGUCAUGUGAAAACCACCUGUUUAUUUGUUGCUACUGUAAAUUGAGAGCUUGUUGAGAGCGUUCUUAGUCUGCAUGGCAAAAGAAAACGGCGAUAAUCGAGGUCAAUCUCCUCAGUGAUUUGUAAGGUAGAGUUGCUAUGGCAAUUUUGAGCUUAUUAUUAUAGUGUGAUCACGGUCACCGCGCUACUCGGACAAACUUUUGCACGCAGGGAAUUGGUGCCUAUUUUUCGACUUUUUCUGAAUCUUAAAAAAAAAUGGCGCGCAUUACCUGUCAAACGCACUCUUUUCUAAAUGUCUUUACCACAAAACAUUAAAUUCGCCCCAUGUAGGGGAAUCCGGAAACAUUUUGCUUGGGGAUUCCGGAAUCCUGGGCUUUGGAAUCCGGAAUACAUCUCAAAUCUACUUAAGAUUGGAGUCCAGAACCCAAAUUUCACUACCUGGAAUUCAGAAUCCAAGAUUCUUGGAUUCCUUAAAUCAAUGAAAGAAAUAAUUAUUUAACGAGAGACACAUUAGCGAGUGCGCUGAUAACUGAUAACUCGUGGCCCUCGCUCUUCCAUUCACUAACGGCGUGCCUGCAAAUAUAUUCACGUGUAGGUUUGUUCACAAUGGAACGAGCUGCGCGAUGCUUUCAUUGCGGAAGACAAUGAAGGAAGUGCAACCUUGGACUUCAAUAGAUUUAAGGUAACGCACAUGUGAACUCAACUUGCGUGUGUUUCUGUAAACAUUAAAGAAGGAAAAAGGUAUCACAUGCAGUCUAAAGACUAUAAAAAUGCCGAAAAUUGUCGAUAUUAAGUGCAGAGCUCUAGCUCCGACUGAGCGGUUUGCAAGAUUUGUUUGAAGACAGUCCGUGCUCUAAUCGGCGUAGAGGUUUAUGAAGCGUACCUUUAUAUAGUUAAGGUCGUGCCUCUCUUUACCAGGGUAACCUUCAAUUAUUGGUCUGAAACCGAUUCAGAUAGUACUGCUGGAACAGCUUAUACUGAUGUUUUUAGGAUAAGACGAAAUGAUGUCAGCCUUAUAAGGAGAGGUGUUUACUGCAUUGCUGUAUUGCAUUUUUUCUUUUUAUUCAGUUCAAAGCUGCAAAGCUUCCUCAAAAAAUCUUCAAAGUGAUGUUCUAUGGUGUUAAUUUGGCCUGGGCUUCAUGUCCGAGCGCAGGUAAAAUUUCGUUGGACUUGAUUCAAAUUUAGUCGGAAAUUGUCGAAUGACGACUGUUAUUUGCAGCUGUGCAGUUUCUUACUUGGGGCUCUUAGACUAAGAAAUUUCCCGAGCAACAAUAUGUGUGGUAUUAACACAAAAUGACUGCAAGAACAAUUUGCGGUCUGUUCUCUUCAAAUACUUUUUGAUUCAAUGACUCAUGAUCCGAAGCACAACCGACCACGUUUUCUUUGACAUCCUGCGGUGCUCAUUAAACUCAGGAAACAAUUCAAAGCUACUUUUUUUGUACAGGAUGUUUUGAGGAAAUUUUCCAAAGAUGUUAGCGAAGAAGAAUUCCAGAGUCUUUGCCUUAAGUUUGAUAGAAGGAAAAACUCUAGGUAAGUUGAAAGUAGAGCAUUGGAACUACUCAAUUUUUUACACCCUCUUCUUGUGAGGAAGAAACAUGACUCCAUAUUGUCUUUUUCUUUAGGGUGUGGUACCUGGAAUUCAUGAAAUACUUUCUUCCCACAAUGGCUGUGAAACCUCAGAGCCUCGUCCCCAUGUCGCCGUCACAUAGGUCUCGUACACAGGUUUGUUAACUUUCUGUGAUUGGCAUAUUUACUUUAUCAAUAAGUUGUCAACCGGAAAAGUGACCAUCGUAAAGAACAAUAUAUUGUUCUUUGUUGAUCAAAGGCCAGAAGUGUCACAUCGAACAUACAACGUACGUACAUUUUUGUAUAAUUCUUGUGAAAAUAACGUUCAACUCCUCUUUUCAAAAUUGUUGGGCUUUAUUCAUUCGUCUGUUCAGUGACGUAUACAACGGACUUAUUCAACUUGUGAAAUCCCUACCCUUUUAUUUAACCGACGCCAAAACAGGUACCUCUUUCUGGGUGGAGUCUCCCAGUAUAAGCCCAUGGGGUUGUACCUCUGUAGGGUAGGGCUACAAAUAGUUCCAGAUCGAGUGUGGUUAACUAAAGAAGUAUAGUAGUAGGUCAUAUAUCAAAUCAAUUUUUCUCUCUGAUUUGUUCAUGUAGGUGGCGUGGACAGAUACCAGGAAAGCCCGCGAGGCGAUUGAUGCAGUCUUUGGUAAGAUCCGAAACCAGGUGAGAAUUACAUGCAUAGAAUUCAUGCAACACAGAGCAUUUGUCUCAAAGACAGUCUUUAAGCAACUUGAUUUGUUAUAACGCUGGUUGUGCGAGCGGGCACGAUGGAUCAAAUCCUGUGUUCUGAUUGGCUAUCUUGCCCGCUCGGCAUUUCCCUCAUUUUUCCCCACGAGAAAAACAAAUUCUUUCAGCCAGAGUUUUCUUACUCAGUUAAGUUGGCUAAGUUUUGGCUUUCGUACUUUUUUGCGUCGUUAAAUGGUGAGGAGAAGUCAAACUGUAUUGACGGUUGCUGCUACGGGUAAUGUACCCUUUCACUUUCUAUUGAUUAUUCCAUGUGAUUUGUGUAGAUGAUUUCUGAAUGGAAAGGUCUCAGAAGAGCAUUCAAGCGAAUGGAUUUGUCAGGCGAUGGUUUUGUGUCCGUCACAGAUUUUAAGGCCGCUAUGAACAAGUUUCAAUUCUCUUUACACGAAGAGGAUUUCUUUCAUAUUUUCUCCGUGUUUGAUGAAAACAUGGCAGGGAGAAUAUCUUAUGAGGAAUUUAUGAGGUGUUCACUGAGCGUGUAGACUUUUACCACCAGGCAACUGUAAAAGUAUUUUAUUUCUGUAAAUAUUUUAGUGUACUUAUCUUAGGGCGCUUUCCAUUAUUGUCAGAACUGACUGGACAGCCAUUUCCGUUGUAAUGAGAAUUUCAGCUUUAAUCAAGACUAUCCAGCGAAAUCAGUCAACGUAAAGAGUAUGCACGAAGGAGAUGGUUUUUUUAGCAAAAACGCUUAGAAAAGCCUAUUUCGUUUUCGUAGUGACUGGUCUUGCCGUAGUCCGGCCGGCCGGCCGGCCAGUUCUGACUGUUGGAAAGAACCCUUAGUUUUGAACUUCUUAGUUUUCGACCCCUUGUUGUCAAGAUUGCUCUGUUUCCUGUCGUUUCUUUUUUUGUUUGUUUGUUUCUUUUUUUUCACGACGUUUGGUGUUCGGAACCCAAAAAGGGUAGACUUCAGGUAUAAGCUGCGUAGAUUUUAAAACCUUGCAUAAAUUCGAAUCUUCGUGUAAAGCUCGGUAUUUUUCUUCAGCAUUGAGCUCGACUAGCAUGUUUAACCGUGUAGUCACUUCUCUCAACUUUUCAUUGAGAUGGUUUCCCAUGUUUCAUCUAGAUCAAGCUUUUCUCUUUACAUUUUCCGUCAGGAACAAAUGUUUUUGUUUUUAGCUUAGCCAGUUAGAAACCAAAUCUGCGAAGCGUUGCAUGCACAUCAUUAACAGACACGCCUUAGGGUAUGGGGGCUCACUCUGUUCGAUGCCUUGUCGAACAUUGUUUGCUUGUCAUACAACCCACAUUGUGUUUAAUAGACAAUUGCUGCGGCCGCAAGAAUAACAGGUUAACUGGGUUAUAUUAGUAUCCUGGUUAAAAGAGGUUAACAUAAUUGAAUACGUGAGCGUAAGUUUUCAUUUUCUAUGAAAUAAAUUGUGAAAUAAAAUGUGUUAGAACAAGGUCAUUUUGUUAGUUCAACUUGGUUCUCUCUUAUGAUGCUAAAAAGGUCUGAAUAAUUUGCGAUGACCUUGCGUACCUUUGCCUCUAUUUGCCAUGUGGCCCUACCAAGGUCCCUGCGACGUUCUCUAUCUUGAGAAAGGCUUUGCAGUCUCGCACCUAGUGCCUGUAAUGACAACCAAGAACCAUAUUUCUCCUCGUUGUUUAAUCAGUUUUAAUUACCGAUCACGUUUCAGGUUACGGUGG